CAGAUUGUCUAUUGGAGGGAGAAGGUGGCGUGUGUUAGUUGGCUAUUCCAAAUUUUGUUAUUUUCUCCAGGAAUUUUCGUGCAAAUUGUGGUGAAAAGAUGAGCAAAGAGGGGGAGACUGUGGACACCGGAGAGACCAACGAUAAUUCGAAUGGCUCCACUUCGGACACCACGUCGUCGAAGGGGAAGGAGACGGACUUUGACUGCAAAAUCGAGACGGAUCGCAGCAAGAGAUUUGAGUAUUUGCUGAAGCAGACUGAGAUCUUCACCCACUUCAUGACCAACACGGGCCCCAAGAGUCCGCUGAAGGUGAAGGCGGGCCGCCCCAAGAAGCCCACCGCCGCCACCAAGCAAACCCCGCCGCCCGAGACGUCGUCCACCGACGUGGCCGAUCAUCGGCACCGCAAGACGGAACAGGAGGAGGACGAGGAGCUGCUGGCCGAGGAGACGAAGAAUCAGUCCAUCUUUCGCUUCGAGAGCUCGCCGCACUACAUCAAGCACGGCGAGAUGCGCGACUAUCAGAUACGCGGCCUCAACUGGAUGAUUUCGCUGUACGAGAAUGGAAUUAAUGGGAUUCUGGCGGACGAGAUGGGCCUGGGCAAGACGCUGCAGACCAUCUCGCUGCUGGGCUAUCUGAAGCACUUCAAGAACAACCCCGGACCGCACAUUGUCAUCGUGCCCAAGUCCACGCUGCAGAACUGGAUGAAUGAGUUCAAUCAGUGGUGUCCGUCGCUGCGCGCCGUUUGCCUGAUCGGCGAUCAGGACACACGGAACACCUUCAUCCGCGAGGUGCUGAUGCCGGGCGAGUGGGAUGUGUGCAUCACGUCCUACGAGAUGUGCAUCCGCGAGAAGAGUGUGUUUAAGAAGUUCAAUUGGCGCUACAUGGUGAUCGACGAGGCGCAUCGGAUUAAGAAUGAGAAAUCCAAGUUGUCUGAGAUUCUGCGGGAGUUCAAGACGGCCAACAGACUCUUGCUCACCGGAACGCCACUGCAGAAUAAUUUGCACGAAUUGUGGUCACUGCUGAACUUCCUGCUGCCGGAUGUGUUCAACAGUGCCGAUGACUUUGACUCGUGGUUCAACACAAAUCAGUGUCUGGGCGAUGAUUCACUCGUGAGUCGACUGCACGCUGUGCUGAAGCCAUUCCUGCUGCGACGCCUCAAGUCUGAGGUGGAGAAGCGUCUGAAGCCGAAGAAGGAGUUGAAAAUCUUCGUGGGAUUGUCAAAGAUGCAGCGCGAAUGGUACACGAGGAUUCUGAUGAAGGACAUUGAUAUUGUGAAUGGCGCGGGAAAGAUUGAGAAGAUGCGACUGCAGAAUAUUCUUAUGCAGCUGCGCAAGUGCACAAAUCACCCUUAUCUGUUCGAUGGGGCGGAACCUGGACCGCCGUACACCACAGAUGAGCAUUUGGUGAACAAUUGUGGCAAGUUGACGAUCAUGGAUAAGCUUCUGCCCAGGCUGCAGGAUCAGGGAUCGCGUGUGCUGAUCUUCAGUCAGAUGACGAGGAUGCUGGACAUUCUGGAGGACUACUGUCUGUGGCGACAGUAUCAGUACUGUCGUCUGGAUGGUCAGACGCCGCACGAGGACAGACAUCGGCAGAUUCAGGAGUACAAUGCGAAGAACAGCAGCAAGUUCAUCUUCAUGCUGUCCACCAGGGCGGGUGGAUUGGGCAUUAAUCUCGCCACGGCGGACGUGGUGAUUAUCUAUGAUUCCGACUGGAAUCCACAAAUGGAUCUGCAGGCAAUGGACAGAGCGCACAGAAUUGGCCAGAAGAAGCAAGUGCGCGUGUUCCGAUUCAUCACGGAGAACACGGUGGAGGAGAAGAUUGUGGAGAGGGCGGAGAUUAAGUUGCGUCUGGACAAGUUGGUGAUUCAACAAGGGCGUCUGGUGGACAAUAAAUCCAGUCAGUUGAACAAGGAUGAGAUGCUGAAUAUGAUUCGCUUCGGGGCGAAUCAUGUCUUUGCGUCCAAAGACUCUGAGAUCACGGAGGAGGACAUUGACACUAUUCUGGAGCGUGGAGAGGCGAAGACAAAUGAGCAGCGUGUGAAGCUUGAGGCGCUGGGCGAGAGUUCUCUGCGGAAUUUCACCAUGGACACGGGAACUGAGAGUUCGCUGUAUCAAUUCGAGGGUGAGGACUAUCGUGAGAAGCAGAAGGCGCUGACGAUGGGCAAUUGGAUUGAGCCGCCCAAGAGGGAGCGAAAGGCCAAUUAUGCUGUGGAUGCGUACUUCAGGGAGGCGCUGAGGGUGUCUGAGCCGAAGGCUCCAAAAGCCCCGAGACCGCCAAAGCAGCCAAUCGUCCAGGAUUUCCAAUUCUUUCCGCCGAGACUCUUUGAGAUUCUCGAUCAGGAGAUUUACUACUUCCGGAAGACUCUCAACUACAAGGUUCCCAAGAAUCCAGAACUGGGUCCUGAGGCGGCCAAAGUGCAGCGCGAGGAGCAGCGGAAGAUUGACGAUGCUGAGCCACUGUCGGAGGAUGAAGUGGUGGAGAAGGAGACUCUCUUGACGCAGGGCUUCACGAAUUGGACGAAGCGUGACUUCAAUCAGUUCAUCAAGGCGAAUGAGAAGUACGGACGCGAUGACAUCGACAACAUUGCCAAGGAUGUGGAGGGGAAGACGCCUGAGGAGGUGGUGGAGUACAGCACGGUGUUCUGGGAGCGCUGCCACGAGUUGCAGGACAUUGAACGCAUCAUGGCGCAGAUUGAGCGUGGCGAGGCGAAAAUCCAGCGACGGGCGUCGAUCAAGAAGGCGCUGGAUGGGAAGAUGUCACGCUAUCGUGCGCCCUUCCAUCAGCUGCGCAUCUCGUAUGGGAACAACAAGGGGAAGAACUACAUUGAGGAGGAGGACAGAUUUCUGGUUUGCAUGCUGCACAAGUUGGGCUUCGACAAGGAGAAUGUGUACGAGGAGUUGCGCUUCGCGGUGCGCUCGGCGCCACAGUUUCGCUUCGAUUGGUUCCUGAAGUCCAGAACGGCGUCGGAAUUGCAGCGUCGCUGCAACACACUCAUCACGCUGAUUGAGCGUGAGAAUCAGGAGCUGGAGGAGAAGGAGCGCCUGGAGAAGAAGAAGAAGGGCACGAAGGGUGGCAGUGCGUCGCAAUCGAGCUCCGGACAGCCAAAGUCUGGGCAGAAGCGCAAGUCUGAAGUGGCAAAUGACAAGGGCAAGAAGAGGAGGCGAUAAAUGCCGCCUCCUUUGGCUCAAACAAACACUCCUCGAGGCACUAUUUAAGCAUAAACCGUCAUCGGGCAUCUCACUCUACAUUCAACUCUAGACCGUAGGCUCAAGUAUUAUUUGUAAGUUUGCAGAAAAUUGUGUGCAUAUUUGGUGUAUUAGAGAAGAAAACAUAUUUUUAUUUGG